AUCUUUUUCUUCAUCAAUCAUCUUUCCAAUGAAAUCUGCUAUUAUCUUUGCUCUCUUUGUCUUGUUUGCCGCAAUUUGCUCCGCUGCACCUACUGUCGGUCUCACAAAGCGUGCUUAUUCAAUUCAAGUCAAAUCUGCCAGUGCAUUCUGUUCAUUUAUGCCACCUAAAGCUGGAGAUGAUGUCGGCGCUACUGAAAAUGAUGGUAUUCCAUUCUGUACUAGCUCUGCCUUAGGCGGUAAAACCUUCCCAUCUGGAUUCAUCAAGUCUGCUCAUUAUGCUAGCACAUCUACCUAUUCUCAAGUCACCGGUAGAAUUGAUCGUUCCAAGUAUAGUCUUAAGUCAAGCGAUGGUGGAGGACAAUAUGACAACAAAGAUAUUGACAAUGUUACUUGCAAUGGCUACAAGUAUUUCGUCAACUUGAUUGAACCCGAUGCCAAUGUGUUCUGUAUCCGUUGUUGCAAGAACCAAGCUGACUGUAGAUUGGGUAUCUCCACUUAUGGUUGCGCCAGAAUCGUUCCUGGUAAUUACAACUAAAUACGUUUUUGUUUAUCAUUCAUGUCCCGUAUAUAUUGCCUUAGUUCGGCAAACAUUUUCAUAUAUUGUAUUUUAUUCCCUUUCAUUUAAAUAAAAAAAAUUUACUUUUUCAAAAAAAAAAAAAAAAAAAAACAAAAAACUGUUUAAAUUUUU